CACUUUUAAAUUCUUUAAAUAAAGAUAAUGAAAAUACUAAAAAUGAAGAAAGAAAUGAGAAAUAUAUUAUUUCAUAUGACAAAAAAUCAUAUUUCGAAAUUGAUAAUAAAGACGAUGAGGAAGAUGAAUAUUAUAUUAUCGAAUUAACAAAUUUAAAAAGUAAUAAGCAUAAUAUCACAGAAUCAAAAAUUUUAUCUGAGGAACUCCUUAAACACACAAAAGGUUAUAAAAGAAAUGAAACUCUAAAAAACUCGACGAAUCAUUUGACAGAGGACACAUUUUACAAGCUGCGCUUAAACCCUGAAUUUAAACAAAAUGAGCAUAUUAUUUUUAUUAAUGAUCCAGUCACUAAAGUUACAGUUUUGCACAUAG